GACUUCAACUGUACAAUAUUGACUACUGAAAUCGAAGACCUCGUUCGUUCCGUGCCCUUCGAGGCCUAUCGAAGUUGCCGCGGAAGCGUUCCAUCCUUUCGAUCACCCCAAGUUCGAUUUCUUCGUCAUUUCCCGGACUCCACUCCAUUCUUCUGCUGAGGGUUUGGCUUUUUAUCGGAUCGGUUACGAUGACGGGGGAGGUGCAGAUGGUGCAGGAGGAAGAAAAGAGCCCCAAGGAUUCCGAUCCCCUUAUCCGGAGGCAAGCCGCGACCGAGUCUUCUUCGUCAUCCGAGGGUUCGGAUGAGAUCAAGGACGAGGAGGCCGAUGCUGGUUCCCCUGCUUGCUGCCGCAUCUGCCUUGAAAAUGAUUCGGUUCCAGAUGAUGAAUUGAUAUCUCCAUGCAUGUGCAAAGGCACUCAGCAGUUUGUCCAUCGUUCAUGCCUUGAUCAUUGGCGUUCAGUGAAGGAAGGUUUUGCUUUCUCUCACUGCACAACAUGCAAGGCUCAGUUCCAUCUGCGAAUAGAAUAUCUGGAGGAUUACUCCUGGCGCAAAAUAAAAUUUCGUAUUUUCGUAGCUAGAGAUGUUCUCCUCGUCUUCCUUGCUGUACAGACUGUCAUUGCUACCAUUGGCUGUAUUGCUUACUCUCUGGACAAAAAUGGGAACUUCAGAAAUUCCUUUAGUGACAGCUGGGAUAGCAUAUUAUCCAAGCAUCCAAUUCCUUUCUACUACUGCAUAGGUGUAUUAGUUUUCUUGGCCCUGCUCGGAUUUUUUGGGUUGAUACUCCACUGCUCAUCCUUCAACACUAAUGAUCCCUGCAUGACUGGUUGCCGAAACUGCUGCUACGGGUGGGGAAUCUUGGAUUGUUUCCCUGCUUCAAUGGAGGCGUGCUUCGCUCUUGUAGUCAUUUUUGUGGUUGUGUUUGCGAUCCUAGGCAUUGCCUAUGGUUUCCUAGCUGCGACAAUGGCCCUCCAAAGGAUUUGGCAGAGGCAUUAUCACAUCCUUACCAAGAGGGAGCUCACAAAGGAGUACGUGGUGGAGGACCUCCAUGGAUGCUACACGCCACCGAAAAUGGAUCCCGAGCAUGAAGAGCGUCUGAGAGCGCUCAAACUUCUGUAGAGGUAAGAUUAAAGGUCUUGUGUUAAAUGUAAUAAGAAAGCUUGUGUUUGUUGUAAACGAACAGGUUGGUUCAUUGUUUUUUUUUUUUUUUUUUUUUUUUUUUUUUUUUUUUUUGCACUAAAUCAAUCCUUGUUAUUUAGUCGCCUGCUUUUUCAUCAUAGUUCUGAGUGUGAUUUAAGAUUUAAGAUCAUCACAAUUUAUCCUGCUAAUGAAAAAUGCUACGAAUUAUAUGAGCCC